GAUUAGUGAUUCAAAAUGUCUGAGCGUAAGGUAUUGAAUAAGUACUAUCCCCCGGACUUCGAUCCGUCCAAGAUCCCUAAGUGUAAAGAACCCAGGAAUAAAACCUUCUGUAUUCGUCUCAUGGCACCAUGUAACAUGCGUUGCACUACAUGCGGGGAAUAUAUUUACAAGGGUCGUAAGUUCAAUGCCCGUAAAGAAGAUGUGGAUGAUAUGAAUUAUCUUGGUUUGAGAAUUUACAGGUUCUACAUCAAGUGUACUGCCUGUGUGUCAGAGAUCUGUUUCCGGACGGACCCGGAGAAUACCGACUACGUUCUAGAGUCAGGAGCUACUCGUAACUUCGAGGCCUUGAAGCGCGCUGAAGAGCAGGCUGAGCGCGAAGAUCGCGCACACAAAGAAGAACUAGAGAACAAUCCAAUGAAACAACUGGAGGAGAGAACCCAGGCGAGUAAGAAUGAGAUGGAGCUGGCGGAGUCCCUGGACGAGCUGAGGGAGCUCAACAGGAGAACCGUCUCUGUAGACUACACGUCCAUGCUUAAAACGUACGAGGAUGCCCGAGCUGCUGCUAUUGAAGCGGAAGAGAAGGCUGAUGAGGAUUUUGUGAAAGCAAUCUUCAGCAAAUCCGGAGAUGUCAAGGUGAAGAGGAUACUGGAUGAGUCUAGUAGCGGAAGCGAAGAGGAAGUCAAGGAAAAUAAGAAACAAAAACCUGAUAAACCAACAGAUCAUCUUACAGGACCCGAGAAGAAAGUUGUAGAGAAGAAGGUCUGGGAGAAAAGUAUCGGAAGUCUCGGCUCCAACAAGAAGGGUCUAGGUAUUCUUGUCAAGAAGCCGGCAGCCAAGAAUAAUCAUGACUUCAAGAAGCCUAAUGUUGCCGCCGCCAGGCCUGCAGCCAGCCAGCCAACUCAACAUAAUAAUGUGGGAACUAGUGCGGCAACACAAACAGCUGUAGCUGGCGGUCUGGGCCUUUUAGGCGCGUACAGCGAUUCCGGAAGCAAUUCAGAAUAAUUAAAAUGAUUGCAUUUUUUUGUAAAGUAAUUGUUUCAUAAUUGAAAAAAGAACAAUUUUUGUAAUGCGAUGUAAUCAUUAAUUGUAGAUGUGUCUAGUUAACUGUCUUAAUCAAAUUAAAACUUUUCCACUUUCAUUUAAAUUGCAAAUUAAAUAUUUU